UUCAAAAUGGCAACUGAAUCGUUGAUACCUGAUCAGACCCUUAUAAACCCUAAUUUCGAGGGUUAUAAACUACCUCCAGAUCAACUUACCGUUCAUACUGCUAGUCUUGUAUCAAAUGUAAAAGUUUGCAAUCCAAGAGACGAUUUAUUUUCAUUACAAUAUAUUCGUGCAAUUGGAAGUGUCAACCACCUCRUGCUUGAUCGAUGGCAAACAACAUGUGAAAGAGUUUACUUUGUAGACGAAAAUAAUGAAGUCCAACAGGUUACGGUGAAGGAUGCAUCUGUUGAUACCAUUGAGAGUGUAUUCAAAAUCCCAUUAUCUGAAGGCUUAAAGGAAGAGCUCACUGCCUCCAUAUUCUUUCCUUCCAAGGAUUUUGUUUGUAUUGGUGAUGGACUUGGCAAAUUGUAUAUAGUCCACKCGAGGGGAAGAGCAACAGGAAGUUGCUCUGAGUGGAAGGUCUCCUUUCUUUAUGAGUUUGACAUCCCAUUCAUUAUCACACAUGCUACUCAUGAUGAAAAGUCAGGGAGUAUUAACUGCCUCUUGUUGAGUAUUGUUGAGAAAGAUAAUGAAGCCUCUGCCAAGAAAGCUCACAUCGUGACAUUAACACUUGGAGCAUUCUCUGAAGUUACGACUUCAGGUUCAUCAAGUUUUAGCUGUGAGGCAAUAAAGUAUGCUCAAGGACACAGUGUGCCUCUUUAUGCUGCGUUAGAACAGGGAAGUAAUGCAAUUGUUGUUGCCAGUGAGAAAUCCUUUUAUWUCAUCAGAGAUGAAAACAGACUGGAACCUAAACCAUUUGAUUCACAAAACAAUGUUGAUGCUAAAGAGGUGGAGGAUGAAGAUKAUGAAAAGCCUCUAGAAUACACCUACUCUUGGUUUCAAGAAGGUGAUGAUGUUACCAUCAGGUUUGACUUAACAGAAGGAACCACUAAAGAUGAUAUUGUCUGUGUCAUAAAGCCUAAUGAGAUUGAAGUUGGUUUGUUUAAUGGUGAAAACCUACUCAAGGGACCAUUGUUUGCUAAAGUCAAAGCAAGAGAAAGUGCAUGGACAUUAGAAAAUAACUGUUUAGAAAUAACACUUGAAAAAGAGUUAUCAGAACAUCACUGGAGCAGUGUAGUUAUAGGCAACACUAACGGAAAGUAUGUCCUUCAAGGAGAAGAAGCCCAGAGAGUCCAGGAAAUUCAUGAAAGACUGGAGCACCUGACCUCAGACAAACCACCAAUUAUCAGUGAAGAUGGUAGAAUGCUAUUCAACCCACAACAGUUAGAACAGUGUGAUGACUUCCCUGAAGAUGUAGAGUACAUAAUGAGACUUGAUACCAAUACUGGAGCCAUAACACACAAGGUCUGCCUGGCAAGUCACCAGUGGGUCUUUAAUACUGUCCUCGCAGGUGGAAGUUUACCAGUUUUCUGUUUACGCCAUGAUGUUGAUGCCUUGGUCUGGCAACCGGCAUCCAACCCUGAAGUGGCUGACAAAUACUGGAGUCACAUUGCUACAUUUGAUGCAUUAGGUUAUGUCCAGGCAUCUAAAGAGGACAGAAAGUUUUCCACUUGUGCACCUGAUAUGAGUUAUGCUGUUAUUAGUGACAGCACAAAGCAUGUUUAUAUCUACCACAAGCCAAAGGAAGGAGCAAAGACUGCCUUUCAGCGAGUCAUAACAUUGGGUCCUCCUAGCAACAGUAUACUUGGAUUAGCAGCCAGUAACAAAAACGCUAUUGUUCUCACACCCAAGUCAAUUCAUAUUAUCAAAGUACUCUAAAAAAGACAUCUGACAAAGCCACAACUUGGUUGCUGGUUAACAUGAGAAAAUGGUUUUAAUAGAAUGUAAUAUAAUAUUAUGAUAAUAUUAUUAGUUAAAAUGGUUUAAGACCACAGACAAAAAUAAGAUUAAGAGGGACUUAAAAAUCAUACUUUGAACUUAGUAUAUGGGAUAGUACAUCACAAAAGGGGUGUCUUGUCUCUGGCGGAAACAUCCAGUUGUCUAAAAGACGCAAUUUAUUCACUCGCUGCAUCAAAAGGGUCUUUUAMGACCCUUUGAAAUUCUUUGAUCCCCUUUUGUGCUGUCCAUUCUCAUAUGUUACAGACUGACAGAUAUAGAAGUCAUACUUUUUUGUAAAUGCCUGCAAAUAGACAUUAUUAGUUAAUAUUUUGAAUAUAAGUAUUUACUGUCAAUUUUCUGUCUAUUCAGUCAAUACCACUCCUGAGUUACAGUAAACACCUGAAAAUAAGAACCUUAUUUUUUGAAAGUCUGGCAAAAAGGUUCUUGUUUUAAGGAGUAGUUGUAUUGGUAAUUUUGGCAAAACAGGUUCUUAAUUAGGUUCUUAACUUCUAAUAGGGAGGUACAGGGAGGUAAAGUCGUUAUUGUUUUUUUUAACUUACUGCAACUUUUGACUACUGUUAGUAACAAGUAAAUAAUCAAACUCAACAACUAUAAUAAAUAAAUUCAGUAAUCUAUAGCUGCAAUCUUCAAAUUGAGUACGUUAUGGUUAUCCUGUAAUUUAGCUCUAACCCAUAUUAUAAGAACGGCCUGCUUGAUAAUAUUUGGCUAAAGAGGUUCUUAUUAAGGGGUUAUUAGAAUGGCAAAUUUCUGCCAAGAGGUUCUUAAUCCAUAAGGUUCUUAUUUUCGGCUGUUUACUGUAUUUGAUACGUUUUUGAUGCACAUAAUUCUCUGUACAUGUGAUCAUCUCUGUUAGUGUAAUAUAGUUGUACAGAGUUAAAUGUGGUCCUUCACUAUACUUUAGGGCCUGUUCACACUGCAACAUAAGCACAAGUUUUUCAAUCUCUGUUUAUUCCUUGUCCUUUAUUAGCUUUAUGCUCUGUCUUAAGUUACUUGCUAUGCUUAUAUUGACUGACAGAAAUAUAUAUUGAUGCAUGCUUGACUUCAUUCCUUUGUGUCUUUUCUUUUGUUUGACAUUGCUUAUGUCAUAGUGCGAACAGGCCCUUUUGACUUGACUUUGACCCAUACCUUUUGACUACUAUACCUGGUCCAUAAAAACUGUAAUUAUAAAAUAUAUCUUUUGUCUUUUUUUUUUUUUUUGGGGGGGGGGUCAUGUUCAAAAUUAUUUAUGGAUAAGCAGUGCAUCACUGAGUGAAAAGGAUCUUUAGUGUACCCAAAAAUGUUGAAGAAGACAUUUUGGAUGAAUUACCCCUGGGGACUGAUAUCAAGGGUGGGGAUGAUUGUGAGAAUUAAAAAUAAAUAAAACUAAAGAUACCAGAAUCUUAAGGAGGGUGUGGCAAGAUAUGCCAGGCAAAAAGAACAAAAUCUAGUAUUUAUAUUUUUACUAGACGUAAUCAUUUUUGUUUCAGAGACAUGACCUUCCAACACAUUUACUUAAAUAUAUGAAAGGUUUCAACAGUACAAACCAAGUAAUUCUCAUAUCAAGACAUUCAUAUUGUCGGUUAAUUAAUGUAAUGAUGUUUGUGCCAGCCCGG